AUGAGGUCCGGUCUGCAAACUCCCGGCGCAAUCCCGCUGUUAGCGAUGCUCGUCGCAGCCUUGCUGUCGAUGACGCCUAUCGUUUGCGAGGCAUGGUCGAAACCCGGCCGCAUUCUCGACAGUCGUGGGUAUCAAGACGUUCUUGCCGAUGGUUCCGUGGUGUCGAGACCGGCGAUGGAGAUUUACCUUCCUGGUGACGACGGCACAUUACUCGAGUCGAAGAACGCCCCAGCCUCCCGCUUAGCACAACCUGUAUCAGUACAAAAAGAUGAAAUGCAGCAAAUUUCCAUCACUAGCCUAUCGAACAACGUCAAUGUGCUCCCUUUCCCGGAGAAAGAAGUGACAUGGUGGCAGCGGGUCUGCCGGCUGUCUUCUCUGGCUUCGGUCUCAUUCUCGAAUGCUUCAUCAUCCUCUCCAUCCUCCUCUUCAGCACCAUCCUCCGGCCAUGCUGAUCUUCCGAAGCAGCCUGGACCAGACCAAUCCUCUAGCAACAAAGUCUCCAUGGGUGCAAAGACACCCCAGUCAGCCACUGUCGAAAACUCGUCUUCUUCGCUCCACAACUCAAUUGUCGACUCCUCCAGCCCCAUUGAGCGAAACGGUAGUUUCCUCGCUGUUAUGGUCAGUCUUAUCGUUGCAAUAAUGUGGUUUUGA